GAACAACAAGAAAAAGAUUUUUCUGUUAUAACAAAAAGAUCGUGAUAUGGUGACUUGCUUACUUCAUCGAGAUGUUCUUCUUAUCCAUUUCCUUUUCCGAUAAGGAAAAUUAUUAAAUAAAUAAAAAGUAGAGAAAAAUCAAAUAAAAUUUUACUCUUUCUAGAGAGAGAGAAACAGAGUAGUAGAGAGAGAAGGGUCUGCUUUGGCGGUUGGAAGCAGCAGCAGCAGUUGCUAUCAGAACUUUGCUUCAUAUAAACAAAAUCUCAGGAGUUAGAUUAGGCCAACUGUUCUCUUCUCCCUUUCUUUAAUUCUCUUCAAACCAAAGCAAAGAAACAAAACUAAAGCAGAAUACAUAAACAAUCCUUUUUGUUGUUGUCGUCGUUAUGGUUUGAUUCUUAGUAGCCAUCCCUCGCCCAACUUCACCUUCUCUGACAUAAUCACAACACCUUCCCUUUUCUUCUAUCUGUCCCUAUAUAAUCAGUUAAUCACAUAUCGUGGAGUUCGUGUACGGAACUGCGCUUGCCUCUUUUUUUUUUGGUGGUUGCAGAAAGAAGGUCUUAAAUUUUGAAGCUUUGGAAAAAUUUCAAUGGAUACUGUUCAGUCCGAGUCACCUUCCAGUAAUAUCUCCAUCACAAUUUCAUCGUCUUCUUCGUUAUGUACCACACCACCACGAAGUGACAACAGUCAUGUGUCUCCCUCUGUUGUUCAAGAGAGGCUUCCAACUUCCUUCUACUUGAGAUUAGCUAUGAAGGUAUCUAGAGCUAGAUGGUUCAUCUUCUUGAGAAGAGUUUUUCACUACCAGAACGGUUCAAGAUCAGAUCUUGGCUCCAACCCUUUCAACUCCAGCACGUGGAUGAUGUCUGAGCUUAUAGCUCUGUUUAUUCAGCUUACUGUCAUAACAUUCACACUAGCUAUCUCCAAAGAUGAGAAACCCAUUUGGCCGGUGAGGUUGUGGAUCACAGGAUAUGAUGUUGGAUGUCUACUUAGUCUCAUGCUCUUGUAUGGUCGGUUUCGUCAGCUAGACCAUGACCAUGGCGAUAUUGAGCAGCAACAUAGAGGCACAGAAGACAACAGGAGCUCUCAUUUGAUGAAUAGAUGCAGAACGUCGCUAGAGCUUUUCUUUGCGAUUUGGUUUGUGAUUGGGAACGUUUGGGUGUUCGAUUCUAGGUUCGGUUCUUUCAACCAUGCUCCAACUCUCCACGUCCUCUGCGUCUCUCUUCUAGCUUGGAACGCUCUCUGCUAUUCGUUUCCUUUUCUUCUCUUCAUGUUCCUCUGUUGCAUUGUGCCUCUCGCUAGUAGCCUCCUUGGAUACAACAUGAACAUGGGUUCUUCAGACAGAGGAGCAUCUGAUGACCAAAUCUCUAGUCUCCCUAGCUGGAAAUACAAACGAAUCGAUGACAAUGCUUCAGCUCCUGCAACCGAUGAUCCAUGUUGUAUAUGUUUGGGAAAGUAUAAAGACAAGGAUGAAGUAAGAGAGCUACCAUGUUCACAUAAGUUUCAUCUAAAGUGUGUAGAUCAGUGGCUUCGUAUCAUCUCUUGUUGUCCUCUCUGCAAACAAGAUCUUCCCAGAUGAUAAAAGGCAAAAACCCUAAAGCAGACAAGAGCUCAUAAGAGUCAGUCUCUCUGAAUUUAAGUUAUAUAGUUUUUUUCUGGUUUGGUUUCUUCUUUCAAAGGUUUUUUGUUUUUUUUUUUCUUAAUUUGAUAUGAAGCAAGUAGGUUAUUUGUGUGAGUGUCAACUUUUUUGUACAGAAAGAGCUCACCAGUAAUCAAAGUACAUUGUGAGGGAGAUACAUAUCACAAUGCCACAGCAUUUAUAGAAUCUUGAUGUAGACGUAGUAAACUUUUUUUUUUUUUGUCUAAAAUAGACGUAGUAAACUUCAUAUGCUACUUUCUCUUUUUGCCUUAUA